GCAGCCGAGACGCGGCUUUUUUUCCGGGUUCGGAGCCGUUCCGGAUGCUGUAGGUGCCGGAUGACUGGUCUCCGGAUACCUGAAGCGCUUCUGUACAUGGAUUAUCUGUGUUUUCGAGCACUGUGCUGCAAGGGACCUCCGCCCGCGCGCCCCGAGUAUGACCUGGUGUGCAUAGGCCUCACGGGCUCCGGCAAGACCAGUCUGCUGUCCAGGCUCUGCAGUGAAAGCCCUGAGCACGUCGUGUCGACCACAGGUUUUAGUAUAAAAGCAGUGCCAUUCCAGAACGCCGUGUUGAACGUGAAGGAACUUGGAGGGGCCGAUCAUAUCCGGAAAUACUGGAGCCGCUACUAUCAAGGGUCCCAGGGGGUGAUCUUUGUGUUAGACAGCGCGUCUUCCGAAGGUGACUUAGAGGUGGCCAGAAGCGAGCUGCACUCGGCGCUGCAGCACCCACAGCUGUGCACUUUGCCCUUUUUAAUCCUGGCCAGUCAUCAGGACAAGCCAGCCGCCCGCUCCGCCCAAGAGGUCAAAAAAUACUUUGAACUUGAGCCCCUGGCCCGAGGAAAACGCUGGAUUCUGCAGCCCUGCUCGCUGGACAACGUCGACGCGCUGAAAGACAGCUUCUCCCAGCUGAUAAGUUUGUUAGAAGAAAAAGACCACGAAGCUGCGAGAAUGUGAAGUCUGGCCCAAGCACACAGGUUCCCGAAAGGCCCGAACCUGUCGUGACGGUGUCUCCUUUUAAUGUGGUUGUGGUGUUCGGAUGUAUCUAAUGGCUCCAGUGUCUGUUCCCCUCCGGCUGUCUCAGGCUCCCAUCUCUCGGUCACAGUGACUGUUCCGCACUUUGGUUGAAUUAUCGUCGCAUUCACGUCAAGCACACACUACUGAGAGAGAAUGAUUCUCUGUUCACACUACUCUGCUGCUCUUCUCAGCCCCUGUCCCGUGCUCCGAGGAGACGGGCGGAAUUCAGGCUCCCAGCGACCGCAGUCCCCGGCGAGGGCUCGGGGGGCGCAGACCUCGGCUCCUUUUCCCUGGGUUUAGGGCGCAGUGGGGUGUGGCUGGGCUCCCCAGAAUGUGUGUACCAUUUUCAACAUCUCUCGGGAGUUUUAUUUUAUCUCCUGUUAUUUUUUAGGGUUUUUUCGUUUUUUGUAUACUGGCCUUAGAGAUUUCGGGGGCC